AUGGACGUCAGUGCUUCAGUCUGGGUUUUGGACCAUGAAGAAUGGCAUGAAGCAGUUAUUGUAGCACCUGUGGAUACUUCUUCUGGUCUUGUAGAGUGUGCUUUUGAGCUUGAAGCUAAGGACGAAACUCUUGGGAUGUCGGAGAGUGAAGAACAUGUUGGUAGUUCUCAAGACUGUCAAGACGGAAUGGCACGUAAACGUCAUAAUUCGAUACGACGGACUGUAUCGAUUGCUGCAGAUUUUGUACUACCACGUAAUCAAGGAGAGCUUUAUCAUACAGUACAGGACUUGACAAAGCUUGUACAUUUACAUGAACCAGCUAUUUUACAAGUUUUGAAACAUCGUUUCUUUCAUGGAGAAAUUUAUACCAGCACGGGACAGAUUCUUGUUGCUAUGAACCCAUUUCGAAGACUUGCACUGUACUCGGACGAUAUUAAGGACCAGUAUUAUAAACUGGGAGGAGAUGCAGAAGCAGACAAGAGCUUUUUAUCACCACAUGUGUAUUCUGUUGCCGAUAAGGCAUUCCGAACAAUGCUUGUACCGCAAACAAGUGACAAGAAGACAGACCAGACAAUUCUUGUAAGUGGUGAAAGUGGUGCUGGUAAGACUGAGACUACGAAGCUCAUUAUGAACUAUUUGGCCUAUGUCUCAACUAAACGCACACGCCGCGUGAUGCAAUCGAGCAAUUCGGGCCAACCGACGAUUCACGAUCGAGUACUGGAGUCAAAUCCGAUUUUAGAAGCAUUUGGGAAUGCUAGAACCACGAGGAAUAAUAACUCCAGUCGUUUUGGUAAAUUCAUCAAGCUAGGGUUUACAUCGUCUGGUGAGAUGCUAGGCGCAUCUAUUUCCACGUACCUGUUGGAACGUGUGCGACUCGUAUCACAGGGCAAAGGUGAACGAAAUUACCAUGUUUUUUACGAAAUGUGUGGCGGCAGCUCUCCGUCUGAGCGUCAGGACCUGGCGCUACAAGACGUACACGAGUACGCGUAUUUAAAUCAGUCCGAGUGUUAUGAACGUCUGGACGGUGUGGUUGAUGCUGAAUCCUAUCACGUUACUCGACGAGCCAUGUCAAGCAUUGGCAUGAGUCCUGAUGAGCAGCUCAACGUGAUGAAGAUUGUCUCUGCAGUGCUGCACUUUGGUAAUGUAUGUUUCACAACGGCAACACGGAAUGGUGGAAAGGAUGAUGCUUCUGUCGUGAACAUGAGUGAGUGUGGUAAUAGCAUCCAAGCCAUUUGCUCGCUUCUUGGUGUGGAGGAGGAUGUACUACGGAGCACGCUGUGCACAAAGCAAAUCAAGGCUGGCGCAGAGUCCAUCACGACUCGCCUUCCGGUUGCGCAGGCGCUUUCAACUCGGGACUCUGUGGUAAAAACGCUUUACUCGAACCUAUUUAACUGGCUAGUGGGCCGCAUCAAUCGAAGUAUCGAGUACAAGGAAGAAGCAGGUGGUAAUCAAUUCAUUGGUGUUGUUGACAUUUUCGGUUUCGAGAUUUUUGAGCACAACCGCCUUGAGCAGUUGUGCAUCAAUUACGCCAACGAGAAGCUACAACAGUUGUUUGGCAGGUUUGUGUUCCGCAUGGAGCAAGAUCAGUACGUGGCGGAGGAAAUUCCGUGGCAGUUUGUGGACUACCCAAACAACGAUGUAUGUGUAGCGCUAGUGGAAAAGCGUCACACGGGCAUCUUCUCUCUUUUGGACGAACAGUGUCUGAUUCCGCGUGGUAACGACGAAAAGUUGGCCAAUAAGUAUUUUGAGUGUCUAGCGGAUAAGCACGAGAGCUUCUCAGUGACCCGACUUCAACGUGCCAAGGGCCAGUUUGUGAUUCACCAUUAUGCAGGAAAGGUCUGCUACAUGACGGAUGGCUUUUGUGAUAAAAACAAAGACCACAUGCACACGGAGGCAUUGGAUCUACUGCGCACCUCCAAGUCUUCUUUUGUACGUGCUUGCUUUGAGAACAAUGCUAAUGCUCCUGGUAGCGCCAGCCCAAAGAACGGUCGGAUAGAGUCUCGCAGUAGUGACGGUAAUCGUCGCCGAUCUGGCGGUAUUUUGUCAUCCACGGUCGUGGCGCAAUUCAAGAGUCAGUUGGGCUCCCUUUUGGAAGUGUUAAACGCUACGGAACCUCACUUCAUUCGUUGCAUUAAGCCAAACGACCAGGCGAGUGCGUCACAGUUCGAGCAACGACGUCUACUGGAGCAGCUACGCUGCAGUGGCGUUCUGGAAGCUGUCAAGAUUUCUCGCAGCGGCUACCCUGUGCGUUUUCCUCACGAUGUAUUUAUCAAAACGUACAGCUGCAUCUUGUCUGCGGUACCAAAGGCACAGGGGCAAUUGGAGAAAGAAGUGGCAGUGUUAUUGGUGGAUAAGCUGGCGGACAUACUCCAUGUUGUUACGGGCGCAAAACAUCCUCCGUUCCAGGUGGGCAAGACAAAAGUUUUUUGUGUUCUUGAAGCUCAUCAAGCUCUGGAAGCAGCACGGUCAAAGGCUUUGCACAAAACUGUUAUUACAGUACAGCGAUACUGUCUGGGCUACAGUGUGCGUUCUCGAUAUCAGCGUAAGCGUCGGUCCAGCGUUCGUAUCCAAGCAACCUGGCGCUCUUGGUCAUGCUGGCACCGCUACCAGCGAAUUAUACGCCAUCAACGUGCAGCAGUAAAGGUGCAAAGCACCACCCGUGGAUUCUUGACCAGGAAAAUGGUAAGGCGUAUGCAAGCGGCUAUUGCAAUCCAGUCUUUUGUGCGUGGAUGGCUUGUUCGACGUGAGUACAGCGCCAACACGUUGAGCUUCGAGCAUGACGUAUCGUAUGUGGGUUCACUGGACGAGCGUAGCACCACAGCGAGUUCAGAUUCUUUUUCGGAAUCCGUAUCUAUGAAAGACCGGAAGAAUACUACAAUCUCGUUUCAGAGUUCAGUGUCCACUAGUGACUACUCUGAUAAUGAUGGAAGCAUGAGUGUUCGUAGCAGCUUCCGUGCAUCAAGGAAGAAAAUGAUCGGCGAGUAUGAGCCGCCAAAGCGUGUUCCAAAUGAGUAUGAGAUCGUGUGGGAAUGUGGUCUGCUUGGCUUGUACUUCGAAAGCGACCCGCUAUCAGGAAUGCCUAUUGUACGCCGCGUUCACGAGAGUUUGAGCAACUGCGCCGACAUUUUCGAGGUUUCCCGCGGAGAUGUUCUUCUUGCUGUUGGGAAGGUGAAAGUAAAAAAGGGUGACAUUCGUCGUAUUUUGUCAUUACUUCAAGAAGUACAGAAGCCAGUGCGCUUGCAUUUCCUCCGCAACCCGACAGAAUCAUUUCGCCUGCGAUCAGGUUCGCUUGAGCUCCUUGGUGAAGAGGACUAUGAGGUGUUAUGGAAGGAAGGCGUUCCGCUCGGUCUAGGGUUCCGUCCCGACCCAAGCACUGGAUACCCGUGCGUUCUCCAGUCACAAGGGAACCAGCUUUUGCCUGGCAUGUUUAACGUACGAGCAGGCGAUCACUUGGUUUUCAUCAACGAGUUUUCGACACAGAGUGUGCGUUUCCAAAAGGUAAUUGACAUACUCGAAAGUGGUCCACGACCAGCAGUGCUGCGCUUUCGGCACACGGACCUCAUGGAAGAUCCGAGCCAGCAGUUUGAUCUAACGAAUCCAUUGGAGAGCUCGGUCGUGUCAAAUCCACAGGACGAUUUUAACAUAUUGAGGAGGUCACGCCUGACACGACCAUCGCGUGUGAGCAUGAACCCGAAGAAUGAUCACUCACUGUAUUACAUUACGUGGAAAGAGGAGGAUGGUCCGUUGGGCAUCGUUGUCAAACAGGAGAGCACAAGCUACUACCCACGUGUGAUAAAUGUAAAAAGCGAAGGUGCUGUUACACGCGAGUCACAAAAGAACCGCGUGGAAAUCGGUGAUGUUUUGCUGAGUAUCAACAACAACAAUAUCAGCAAGAUGGGCUUUGGUGCAGCAAUGAAGCUGUUGCAGAAGGGUCCCAAACCGCUUCUCUUGAUGUUUCAGCGCCCACGCAUGUCGAUGACAAUGUCGACAAGGAGUUGUAACCUGUAA